AGGACAAGUUCCUUGUGUGCCUUUGGUCACACUUGGAGAAGCAACAGCAUUUCAACAAAAACGUUUUUCGCUUAUUAUUGUUGUUGCUGCUGCUGCUGCUAUUGUUGUUGCUUCGGCCGAGCAUAAUGGGUGGCUAGGGACGGACGGAUCGCGUUUAGAAUUAAUAUUUCCCUCACCAUUUUAGUCUAGUUUAGGCCACUCCACUAAGCGGCGGUGCGCGGCGCGAGGCUACAAUAAGAAUAAACUGGAACGACGACGCCGUAUGUUUGUAUUUUCGCCAGAGAAACACCGUGACAAAUGAAGCAGCAGUAGCGCGAAUCGACGGACGCACACAAUCCGCGCGAUUCGAUCCCAGGCAGCAGCAGAGCCACGUCUGCGUCGACGAGAGUGACAGUGCUACCUCAGCAACCCAGACCACCUUCCCCCCACACAUACCACCGCCAGGAUGCUGCCUCGGUUCCGUUCCUUCUAUGGCAAACUAAUCAUCUUCAUCCUGGUCGCCCUCUGCUUUAUCCUGUACAGCAAGGUGCAGCAGAACAGUCCGGCGGACGAAAACCCAUCGCCGCCAGCCCGGGCGGCCGCCCUCCGGGGCCACGGACGCGACAGUUACCACGAGGAUCAUGAUAGUGAGAAUGAGAUAGCCCGGCCGGCCACCCAGUCACCGUACGAGCUGAGCAUCCAGUUUGAUCUGCAGAAGCAGCAAGUGGGCCUGGGCGACAAGGGUGUGGCAGUGCAUCUGACCGGCGCCGCCAAGGAGCGCGGCGAUGCCAUCUACAAGAAGAUCGCCUUGAAUGAGGAGCUCAGCGAGCAGCUGAUGUACAAUCGCACUGUGGGCGACCAUCGGAAUCCCUUGUGCGCGGCCCAGAAGUACGACGAUGGAUCCCUGCCCAGCGCCAGUGUGGUUAUCAUCUUUUUCAAUGAACCCUACUCUGUAUUGCUGAGGACAGUCCACAGCACGCUGAGUACCUGCAAUGAGAAGGCCUUGAAGGAGAUUAUUCUGGUGGACGAUGGCAGCGAUAAUCCGGAGCUGGGCGGCAAACUGGAUUACUAUGUGCGCACGCGAACGCCGCCGGGCAAGGUGACGGUGCUGCGGCUCAAAAAUAGGUUGGGCCUGAUUCGUGCCCGUUUGGCUGGAGCCCGUAUAGCCACCGGCGAUGUACUCAUCUUCCUGGAUGCCCACUGCGAGGGCAAUAUUGGCUGGUGUGAGCCCCUGCUGCAGCGAAUCAAAGAGUCGCGCACAAGCGUACUGGUGCCCAUCAUCGAUGUGAUCGAUGCCAGUGAUUUCCAGUACAGCACCAAUGGCUACAAGUCAUUCCAGGUGGGCGGCUUUCAAUGGAAUGGCCACUUUGACUGGAUUAAUCUCCCGGAGCGGGAGAAGCAGCGUCAGCGUAGGGAGUGCAGGCAGGAGCGAGAGAUCUGCCCAGCUUAUAGUCCAACCAUGGCUGGUGGCUUGUUUGCCAUGGAUAGGCGCUACUUCUGGGAGGUGGGCAGCUAUGAUGAGCAGAUGGAUGGCUGGGGUGGCGAGAAUCUGGAGAUGUCCUUCCGCAUCUGGCAGUGUGGCGGCACCAUUGAGACGAUACCCUGCUCCCGAGUGGGUCACAUCUUUAGAGACUUUCAUCCUUACAAAUUUCCCAAUGAUCGCGACACACAUGGCAUCAAUACGGCCCGCAUGGCUCUGGUUUGGAUGGACGAGUACAUUAACAUCUUCUUCCUGAACCGACCGGAUCUUAAGUUCCAUGCUGACAUUGGCGAUGUCACCCACCGAGUGAUGCUGCGCAAGAAGCUCCGUUGCAAGAGCUUCGAGUGGUACCUGAAGAACAUCUAUCCGGAGAAGUUUGUGCCCAAUCAGGAAGUCCAGGGUUGGGGCAAGGUGCGUGCCCUUAGUGCCAAUCUCUGCCUGGAUGAUCUGCUGCAAAACAACGAGAAGCCCUAUAAUGCAGGGCUAUAUCCCUGCGGCAAGGUGCUCCAGAAAUCGCAACUCUUCUCCUUCACCAACUCCCAGGUGCUGCGCAACGAGCUGAGCUGUGCCACAGUGCAGCAUAGCGAGUCGCCACCGUACCGAGUGGUGAUGGUGCCCUGCAUGGAGAAUGAUGAGUUCAACGAGCAGUGGAAAUACGAGGCGCAGCAUCUAAUACACAGCAAUACGGGCAUGUGCCUAGAUCACAGGGGGCUCAAGAGCCUGGAUGAUGCCCAGGUGGCGCCAUGCGAUUCCCACAGCGAGUCCCAGCGAUGGAGCUUGGAGCACUGAGCGGGCAGAGGGGGUAUGGAUUGGGGACCAAACCAACUGAGAGAUACUGACUAACGACGACUGAACGCAACUGACUCGAAUUCAAAAUAGAGCAAAAAAUUGUAAAUACUUUAAUCGAAUGCUAGAAUAUAUAUAUAUACAUAUAUAUAUUUUCUGUACACUAAGGAGAGACAACACGGACGGACGGGUAGCUAGUGCAAAUGAAAUGAAAUCAAAAAAUCGAAUCAAACCAACAGCAAAUCAAACGAGUCAUUUUGAGGAGAACUACUAACUAACAAUUAAAACCAUGUGUGUUGUGUACGUACUACUUGGUGUGUAUAGAUAUAAAUAUAGAUAAAGAGAUACAUCCUAUGUAAAUGCUAUAGUCGCCAUGUGAUCACCAACGAUGAUGAUGAUGUUGAGGUGUUGUUGGGCAGGAAGGUGUGUAACAAUUGCAUUCCGUUUUUGCCAGGAAUUCAGACAGGGGCCUCCAGCAAUAACCAACUAUGUAAACAGUAAACUAAAUACGUGUCGUAAGCAUUUAUCUACUAACAUUACACAUUUUGCCAUUUGUUUUCAUAAUAAAAAAUAAUAAAACACUUCCGACUGGAAGAUGCACAUCUUCAAACAA